UUUACAAAUUUACAUAUUUUUCACCUGAAAAUUAUAAUCCCCUUUUUAUCAUACCGAUAACGAUCGGCUUACUUUUGUGAUAACAGCUUAAAAUUUCCGGCCAAAAUUAUCACCAUUAUUGAUUCGGCUCAUGCCCAAAGAAGACGUUUAUUUCUGUUUUGCUGUUCACUAAUGUGAGUUUUAAAUUGGAGCAAGUGUUUCAAAUCAUAUCAUAUCAAAAGGAUUCUUGUAAAAAUCAGCGUUAAGGUAGGAAAAGUUAUAAUACUAAUGCGGGACACGGUUGUAAUAGUAUUUUUGAAUAUACACAGAUUCAGGUUUUGGAAAAGGAAACUGCAAUUCAAACGCGAGUGAAAUUAAAAGAAGAUCGAAGUAACUGAUAUUAGGACACCUUUAGUGUGUAAUCAGUGAAUUUCAUAACUGAUUUUCUGUUGAAUCGUGAUUAUAACUUUGAACGAAUGCUAUUCCUUUAGCUGCAUCGAAAUACAGUUGUUAAAAUGGCCGAAGGCAACACAAAAUAUAAGAAGACUGGUACACUGGGAGGAGCUCGCCACGGUGACUCGUUCCAGGUGCAUUUACUUAUGCUGAUGUAUCAAGGAGCUGCUAGUGAUGAAAGUUUUACAAAUUUCCGCUUAGCAACCGAAUGGGAAGAUGCCGAAAAAUUCGACGAUGCGGCUCUGGCAUGGGAAACAGAUGAAGGUAAAACUCAAAAUUAUUUGUUCGUCCAAGCCAAACACAAGCAGUUUCCGGAAAUCAACGAGAAACAUUUUUUCCCGGUGAAGGAAGACGAGAAAGUAAAAGGAGAGUUUUCGAUGCACAAAUACUUUCAAUCGUUUUGUGACAUUAUGAACAACAGUAAGUUCAAUGGUGGGAACCUUGAUUUUGUGAUUUACACUAAUGCAAAACUACAUGACAGUUCGGGGUGGUUUACCAAAGCUGAUAUCCAAACUGAGAUACUGAAGUUACUAGGAAGCAGCGGAGAAUUUUUUAAGGUACAAAGUAUCGAUGAACGCAUAAACACAUUAUUAGAUUUUAGCAACAAAGCUUUCCACGAUUUACUAGAAGAGAUAGAAAAUGCCUUUACAUAUAGAAAGGAAAAAGAUAAAAAUGAUGAAGCUGAAAACGGAGAAGAUAAGUUUCAAACAGAUUUAAUUAAAAAGUACAGCACUGAAUUGAACAAUAAAGUGCUUUUUGUUAAAAAAGGUGCGGUUCGAUUUACUACUAGAUUUAAGAAAUAUGAAAAUUUGAGUCCCUUAGAACGAAAGCUAUAUGAGUAUUUCUCGAAGGAAGACAAAAUGAAAACUAUGAUGAGUGAAAGUAAGAAACUGAUUGGAGCGCUAACUUCUAAAAACCAAUCGAAGAGUAGACUUCGUUUGUUUGAAAAAACAGAUGUUGAGAAGUUUCUUGAAAAAUGUAUCAUUGCCACUAGUCAGCCAAAUAACGAAGAACUUGAAAAAGACAUAAUAAAAAAAUUCAGAAGGUCACCGAUUUUCGGCUCAUAAGAACACUAUGCCAAUCUGAUGUACGCACAUCUACGCAAAAUUAUCAACAAUUGGUUGGACUGCAUGCAAGAUAAACUUUGUCCUUUUUUAACGUUUACCGAAUUGAAAAACUACUCAAACGAUGUUAUUCGUACUAUUGCAAAGUCAAAGUUAGAAGGUCAGACACAAACUUUCGAUGGCAUGAUGGAAAACUUUCGCAUCAAAUUUGCAAGUUGCAGUCCUCUAGAAAAUUUGAUUGCCUCUAGUUUUCCUAUGGUUGUAUAUAAAAGUACCGAAGAAGGGUUUCUAACCUAUCUUAAAGUGUAUCAGAUUUUUCAUUACCACAAACAAAACUAUUACUAUUUGAAAUUAACAGACUUGCCUCACUUUGAGAAAGAAAUAAAUAGUUUCAAGAACUCGAAUUCGGAUAUUUAUAUUCUACUGGACGAUAAUUGUCCAUCGCCUAAUAUAUCAUAUGAGUUUUUCCAAUCAGAUUCGGUGAGCAAUGAAAUCAAACUCAUUUUCUUAACAUUCACGGAAGACCGCGCCACAAAUUUCUUCAGAAGUCAGCAUCCGUUUCAUUCGAUUGAAGAUUCCAAGAACAACAUGAAUCUGUUGGACGAAGAUAACCAAGAAAGACUUUUGAAGAAAUCGGUGUCAUUUCAAGGUGUUGAACUUAC